CCAAAAUCAAUAAAGUCCCUAGGUAUUCCUUCGUAAUUCUAUCGCUGUAGAUCAUUUCAACUUUGUCUCUAGGACAUUCAUACAAGUCAUUAUGCCAGGUGCAACGUUCCCCAUUCUCCGGGUCGCGAUUGUCGGCGGUGGUCCUGGAGGACUGAGCUCCGCUAUCGCCCUCUCAAAACUCCCAAAUGUCGAAGUCACAAUCUAUGAAAAAGCAAAAGAGUUGCAAGAAAUUGGGGCUGGAAUUCAAAUUGGGUAUAAUUGUUGGAAAGUGCUCGAAUUACUCGGCGUUGGCCGAGGAGUCCGAGGUCAUGUGCAAGAGACCAUCAUUCAUCGGAAUGGACUGAAUGGCAAGCCCUUGAGAGAACAGAAAUCUACUGCUGCAGAACCUCGAUAUCGAGGACAGCGAGUAAGAAGAACUCGUCUACAGGCUGCACUCAUUGCCAAAGUCCCGGAAGGCGUGAUCAAGUUGCGGAAGCGACUCAUCUCAUUAACCAACGUUGAAGGAGGAGGAGUUCACCUUGUUUUUGAAGAUGGCGAAGAAGUCAUCGCGGAUCUAGUCAUUGGAGGCGAUGGAAUCAGAUCAGUAGUACGAGAGAGUGUUUUUCCCGAUCAUGCAAUUCAGUUUACUGGCAGGACAAUCUGGCGAGUGAUAAUCCCCAAGUCACUUAUCCUCGACAUCCCAGAAAUGACCUCGUCAACAGCCUGGUGGCAUGGAACUGCAGGCCAUUUCUACAAUUGUCUGGUAGAUGAUCCCUCAGAGAUACCAGAAGACGAACAAAUGUUUGAGAUAGCAGUACACAAUGUCGUGCCAGCCGCAACGGUGAAAGAGAAGCGAUUCAGUUGGGGCAUACCCGCGACCAAUGAGAGAGUCGAAUCCCAUUUCACAGAAUAUGACCCCAGAGUCCGAGAUGCGCUUUCUAGAGUCCCGCAAGGACUUUGGAAGGAGUUCUCAUCGUUUUCGGGUCCGAGACUGAAGAAGCUUAUUGCUUGGGAUAAAGUGGUCUUGAUUGGUGAUGCGAGCCACCCACUCACUGGUGCUUUUGGCUCAGGCGCAGCUUUUGCUAUGCAAGAUAGUUGGAUUCUUGCUCAAGCUAUUCCCCACACUCUCUCGUUUUCUCAACCGCUCGCAUCUGCACUGGAUAUUUUUGACUCAAUUCGCUCCCCAUACUACCAGAGAAUGUAUGAGCACCUCGAUCACCAAGGGAAAAAGAUACAAGAUGCUAAGACGAACAACCCACAGCAGACCUUCGAAGAAAGCUUGGAUGUGAAGGUCAAAAGUUUUGGUGGAGAAGCCCUUUCCUGGAUUUAUCAGAACGAUAUUCAAGAAGUAUGGGAAGAGUUCGUCCGAAAUGAGAAGGAACAUGGCAAGCAAUCACUGAAGUAGAUAGAGGCAUUAGACUUUCCAAUCACUCGUGUGAGAUACAAGAGCCCGAGCCACAGCCUAGUGUUGGCAAGCAGGCAUGCCGCCUAGAAGAACUUUCUUCCAAAUUUCUCCUUCAUGACGAUCUUUGGGUUCGGAAAGUUUGAGUUCAAGCUGAUCUUUUAAGCAUGAAUUAGAGAAUAGAUGCGCU